AUGGGUCCCAAGAAAGUUGAAAUUCACGGAAAGAAGCGCAUGCUCUCUUUGGAGACAAAGAUGGAGAUUCAUAAAGAAAAAGUGAUCAUGACACCCAGAAGCCGUUGUCCCAUCAUCAUAAAUUCAGCUACGAACCUCGUGAACACAGCCAUUCCAGAAGAAAAAGACUCGUCAAGUUGCAACACAACUUUGGAACUAAACUUAAAGCACAGCGACGACGAUGACGCUGAAAGCGAUGCUUGUCAAAAUUCCCCAGUCAUUAGUAAUCCCUCUGCUCUGCUGUUUUCCCCAGAACCUCAAACCGCACCAAUGUCAGACAUCUCAAGCAUGAGCAAGGAUGAACAUGAAAGUUACCACAAAUUAAAUGCAAAUACAGACAAGGAAGGACACUACACAGAAGUCAUCAAUGAUGUUGAUAAAAACACCAAACCCAGAAAGUUAAAGAAGUCCUCCUCGCUUCGAAGAACGUUGAGUUCGGUGAGUUCUACGGGUUCUCUCUUUGGAAGUUUCUUCCAUCAUCUGAGCACGUCAUCGCUGGGUCAGCUGGCAACCAGGCUGACCUCCUCAUCUUCAGUCACAGUCUGUCCUACAGAAGAGGAAAAAGAGGAAAGUCCAGACACCACAGUAUGCAACGAAGGAGAAAUGAUUAACGAGUCGCUAUCCAGUGUGUUCAGAGAGUAUCUCUUGAGUCGUAGCAUACUGACAGACAAUCCAGUUGACUUAUCUGUACAGUUUGCUGAAAAUGGUACGAAAAAUGACAUUAGAGGCAGUUGUAAACCUCUUGAUAACGUAACGGACAAACCAAUUUCAGUUGACAACGACCUUGAUGUCAGAAACUCUCAGCAAUGUUGUGUGCCUGAACACGGCCCAUCUGCUGAUUCAGCCGUCGGAAGCAGCCUUAACACUAGCUUGUCCGAUUCUUUACUCUUCUGUCUAGAUGGAAACACCCCUGCGUCUCCCAUAAAAACCAAUGGGAAGGAGAACAAGUACAAAGAUGCAGAACUCUCAGAAACUUCCACACAGGAUUGUAAUUUAAAAAAUGCUACCUGCGCUGGCCUUCACUCGUGCACGCCGGAAAGUCGACAGCAGUCCAUACUCGAGACCAGGCAGGGCACACCUAUAAUCCCUCGUGAUGUCGAAGGUACAAAUAAUCGUGCUAACGGGAGAGGAAUUAUAUUUGAAACAUCAUUUUGAUAUAAAAGCUAUAGAAGUUAUUGCUGUUGUUACAGAUGUCUCUCUAGAUAUUUUUAGUCAGUAAUGUACAAUAUUCAUUGCCAAUAAUUAGUGUAAGGUCAGAGUUUUAUUUGAUAUGUUUUUCAGUAGCUGAUAGCUGGCGAAGUAUAGUCACAGGAUACAUAACCCAGAUGGCUACGAAUGCAAUUUUUGUUCAUAGCCUUAAAAGAAUGAUGUUCUGUGCAGUUCUUGGGAUAUCUUGCAUAUCCUGUAAAGCCUAAUGUAUGUUUUUUAAGUUUUCAUAGAAGUUUAAAAACUUUUAACAGUAUUAUAAAGUAAUUACAUAAUAGCUUAGAAAGGGUAAUGUUAUCUUUUUUUAUAUGGGUAGCAAAUGCUGCUAUCCCAAUAGUCUUGUGUACAAAUUUUUUUUUUCCCAAAAAAGACAGCAGUUGUGUACUGCCUAUUUUUUAUGUUUACAGAACCCUGUUAUUACUGUCAGUGGAAAAUUUUAUAUCUUCUGUACAUUUUAUAUAUUUUAUGCCAAAAUGCAUAACAUUUCUUUCUUUACCAUAUAUUGCCACUAAUUUUUCUCUUCCAAGUGUCUUUUUGUUGCUAACAGAAUGACGGUCCAGUGGAUACGAUAGGUGUAACUUAUCCAGAUGACUUAUAAGUAUCUACUUGUCAACUAUACUAAAAAAAAUGUCUUUUUUAGUGUUUAUUCCAAGGUUAAGUGAAUUUGAUGUUAAACAGUAUAGGCAGUCACUAGGUUAAGGCAGGGGUUCCAUUCUAGCAACAUACUGUUGGUCGGAAAACGCUGUAAGCAAAAGCUGUAACUUUAGGGUUAAGGUGUGUGUGACAGACAUUGAUAUUUGGAUCAAUCUCAAAAUGAAUGUCAAGUACAAAGUGACCAGUCUAGGCCCCUGGAGUAUCUUGAUAAGUGGCUUUUGUAAUUCAUAGCAAAUGCUAAAAUUAAUCAUUGCAUUAAGUGAUUCGGACUCUCUUCUUUUGAGGAAUAUUUACGCACUCUGUUGCAACUCCACUGGACUGGAAAAAAACUUUUAGUUUCUUUGAAAGGAUCAGUAGUCUAGAAGGCUAUUGUUUCUGAAAAUUCUUUGUAUUGUAUUACUGUACAUAUAUGCUUGGCUACAAUUUCCUGUUUUCUUCUGAAUAGUGCAAUUUAACUGAUCUGACCCAUGUAAUAUAUUUUGCUUGAACAGAAUAUAAUAUCGAUUGUGCCUCAUCCAAAUAGUUUUUUACCAAAGAUUCUUAAAAUUACAGAAUAUUUUUGUUAAUUUUGAAGGCCAAUCGUGAACACUGGAGACUUAAGUUUGCUUCCUUCUGUUUUUACUGAAGUUGAGUACAUACAUAGGAACUUUGCUAUAGUAUCUAAAGUGCCAUUCAAGUUAGCAAUUUAAGCUGAUCCAGUGUUGCAUGGCUGGGCCUUUUCUUCCACAAACUACAAAUAUUAAACCUCUAGCUAAUUUUAGUCUCUCCUCUCAGUUCAAAAGAUGUCUCCAUAUAGUUGUUAUUGUAAAGUAGGUCCCUGACGUACGGUGGGGGAUCUGUCCCAGCGACACUGUAAGCUGAUUUUGGCCGUAAGUCGGCGUUUUGCCAUUAUCGGCGCUUUUAACAGUGCUUACGGCACCGUAACUUGAUGUUGCAUCAAGUUACAGUCAUUAACUUGAUGCCUACUCUUGCCAUUAGCGCCGUAACUUAAUGCAACAUCAUGUUACCUUGUUGUAAAAUGCCGUUUUGUAAGAUCAGAUCCGCCGUAAGUCUGUGGCGCACUGUAGCUAAUUCUGCCUUCUAAACCCUAUCAUCUACCACUUCAUAAUAAUUUUCAUAUUUUUACAGAUUAAAUAUUGUCACUUUUACUCACUUUCACCAACAAGUAGAAUGUUAUUUGCGUUCUUACAGCAAAGUUCUGUUCAUGGUACAAAUAUAUAUGUAGUAUUUCAUUUUCAUAUUUUUUUAUUACUGUUGUAUCUCAUGAAUGUUCAUUGGAUAUACUAUAUAUAACCUUUCUGCUUUUGUUUUUAUUUAAUAAUGAGUUUGCUUAAAGCAUUUGCUGUCUGUUUGUACCCAUUAUAGUUUAAUAUUAGUUAGACUUGUAGAUAAUAUCACAACUUAAAAAAAAAUAAAAGUUUAAUUUUAUUUAAACAGGUCAUUAACUUUACAAUUUACACAAGUUAGUAACUUAACAAAUGUAGUACACUUUCUGAAUCUGGCCUUUGUAGAAGCUUGCCAGACUAAAAUUUUGGACUAAAAUUGCAUUUUGUUGACGUUCAGCCUACGAAAGUGCUUAGCUAAUGACCCACCUACCUCACUUGUAUUAUAAAGUAAUAUUUUAUCAUUUGUAAAGCUGUCCCUACAAACCAUUGCUGUAUAAAUGCCUUUUCUUGACUGGUCAUGGCAAAUUAAGCCAUUUCCUAAUUUCACAUUGGUGUUAGUUAUAUAUGUACAUAUCUUUA